ACAUAGUCUUGCACAAGAGAACCUUAUUCAAAAGAGAAAGAGUGAACAUUGUAUUUUCUGCUUCUUUAUCAUCAUGGUUGAGUCAGAGGAAAAUAAAAGCUCCACUUCCACAUAUGACAGGGUAGCUGAAGUGAAAGCCUUUGAAGAAUCAAAAGUUGGUGUGAAAGGUCUCUUGGAAUCUGGAAUAUGUGUGACAAAGAUCCCACGUAUGUUCCAUUAUCCCAAUUUGAACUUGAACAUGAACUCCACUCAUGAAAGUGACCCAUCUUCCAAGUUCAAUGUCCCCAUCAUAGACCUUCAAAAUAUACACACAAACCCAUGUUUGCAUGCUGAGGUACUUGACAAGAUUCGAAGUGCUUGUCGUGAAUGGGGAUGUUUUCAAGUGAUUAAUCAUGGUAUUCCAGAUAGCGUUUUGGAUGAGAUGAUUAGUGGAAUCCGUAGGUUUCAUGAACAAGAAGCCGAGGAAAGGAAACCAUUCUAUACAAGGGAUACAAGUAAGAAAGUUAGAUAUUUCUCCAAUGGAAGCCUUUUUAAGAACCAUGCUGCUAACUGGAGGGACACAAUUUCUUUUUAUGUAAGUCCUGAUCCUCCUAAUCCAGAAGAAAUACCUCAAGUAUGCAGAGACAUUGUGAUUGAAUAUUCGAAGAAAGUAAGAGAUUUAGGCUUUACAUUCUUUGAGAUAUUCUCAGAAGCUUUAGGCCUGGAUCCUUCUUACCUUAAGAAAUUGGCCUCACCAAAUGGACAUUUUAUUGCGUGUCACUACUAUCCUCCAUGUCCUGAACCUGAAUUAACUAUGGGAGCUUCAAAUCACACUGAUGGUGACUUCAUGACAAUUCUUCUACAAGACCGUAUUGGCGGUCUUCAAGUUCUUCAUCAAAAUCAAUGGAUUGAUGUUCCUCCGGUGCAUGGAUCUCUUAUAGUAAAUAUUGGUGAUCUUCUGCAGCUUGUAACAAAUGACAUGUUCACAAGUGUUUAUCAUCGGGUUCUAUCCAAGAAUAUAGGACCUAGAAUUUCUAUCGCAAGCUUCUUUGUAAACUCAUUAUCAAAGGGUACAUCCAAGGUUGUUGGUCCAAUAAAUGAAUUGUUAUCAGAAGAAAAUCCACCAAUCUAUAGGGACACUACUGUGAAUGAUUUCUUGGCACAUUAUUAUGAAAAAUCUCUUGAUGGGAGCUCUUCCUUGCAGCCUUUCAGAGUGUGAAUUAAAUAUUAAGAAUUAGAUUGGAGCAAUAAAAAUGUCCUUUUAUUGAUGGCCUUCAAUUAUUUCUUCUUAUUCACUAUUUUAAAGACUUGGCGGCGCAGCUUAUUGUCCGCUUGCCUUCCAUUCAAGUGUAAA